CCCCGCAGCCUUAUCGCAGGCCGCGGAUCGCGAGUUUGGGGAACUCCGCUUAAUCUUUGACGACGCGCUCCAAGUUACUUCGGUUCAGGUACCUGUCUAAGCGUUAGAAGCUUUGUUAAGUUUGCGCUUGCAACCCUCGGCUCCCGAAAUGUCUCUCCACGCUGAUGAUUCCGUGCGGCGGGGUCGCGACCCGAGCAGCGACCGGCGGCGGUCCGCGCGUGGUAGCAGCCCCUCGCUGCUCGACGCCGUGCGCAUGCCCUCCCCGCCGGCUGGUUUCAGCUACGACGACUCGGCGCCACGUCGCGAUCGUGAACGCGCUGUUUCGUACCGCGUCGGCUCUCCUACCGAAGAGUCGAGCUACUACUCAGACCCGCGCCGCAAGAGCGUAGAGCGUGUGUCGCGCGGGGAUAAGGACAUGGUUGAAGCGGCGCAGGAUGCUUUGCGCCGUGGCGCUGACGCCUUUCUGCCCUCUAAGUAUGCGAGCAAGUUUAAGGAAACAGAGGAUGAGAAGGCGAUGAAGAAGGAACGUAAAAAGGAGAAGCUAGAAGAUGAUUUGGCUUAUGGAAGUGCGGUGGUGAGCGUCCCGACUCCACCAUCGGGAAAGUACCAGUCGCCGACUUCGUCAUCGGGUAGAGUGCAUUACUCCAUGCCUGGCGGUUGGGACGAUGAGAAGGAGAAGUUGAGAUACCCACGCGUGGACGCGUCGUAUGUGCCUGCGCCAGAUAGACCUGGGAACCGCGAUUCUUAUGGGAGAGAUCCGAGGGCUUCGGGUUUGACGCCGGGCUAUGGAGGGAGGAGAGAGCACUCGCCUUUGCCGCCUACUGGGCGGAUGUCCUCGUUAACUGUGAAUACGGGACACCACACUGCUUCGAUGUCCCUAUCAAGCGCACCCCCUUCCCCACUCCUAGAAUCAUACUAUGGCACUUACCAAUCUAUGUCGCCAAUGCCAUCACCGUUGCUCCUCGCUCAGAGCCCUAGAAACUCGGACGUAAUUGAACCACUCUCGCCUAGUCUCUCCGAUGGCGAGAGCAAUAACGGUGAAAAGAAGAGGCGUCGCGCUCGUUUCCAUGACCCAGUUGACGAUGCAGCGCGCCUAGCAAAAGCGCUCAAGGGGGAACACUCUCCUCCAAACACUGAGCCUCUGAUAGAAAUUCUCCCCGGAAUGACACAUGACCAGGUCAUGGAGCUGCGCGUCGAGUACAAGCGGCUCGUCAAAACCGGCGCCGAGCGCAAAGGCGUCAAUGUCGCGAAACAUAUCCGAGCCCGCCUAAAGGACGAAGAACCCACUCUUAUGAAAGCGUGCUAUACUGUCGCCCUUGGAAAGUGGGAGUCGGAAGCGUACUGGGCUAAUUUCUGGUACCACGGCGACAAAACCCGACGAGAGCUAUUAAUCGAGAGCUUGAUGGGACGCCCUAACCGCGAGAUCGCGCAGAUCAAGGAAGCCUUCUCCGACAAAAAGUACCGCGACUCUCUAACCCUGUGUAUGAAGACCGAGCUCAAGGAGGACAAGUUCAAACGCGCGGUGCUCAUGGUGCUCGAGGAAAAGCGUAUGGAGGACGUCGACGAGUAUGGGAGGCUACUUCCAAUCGAUCGCGAACUCGUGCAGGACGAUGUCGAGACCCUAUAUAAGGCCGUGCGAAGCGAUAAGGGAGGCGAGUCGGCUAUGAUACAGAUUGUCGUCUUGCGUAGCUCACACCAUAUGAAAGAGGUUCUGAGGUUGUAUGAGAAGGUGUCCCAAAGUAAUUUCGCUCGCGAUGCGCUGAAGAAGAGUGGGAACCUAGUCGGUGAGCUCUUGGCACAUAUCCUCAACGGCAUAAUUAAUAAGCCGGUACGCGACGCGCUGCUUCUGCACCAUGCGCUCACGGCUAGCCGGAAAGACCACCUGAGACGCGAACUUCUUAUCUCAAGACUGGUGCGGUUCCAUUGGGAUAGACAUCAUAUGGCGGCGAUCAAGCGAGCGUAUCGCGAGCGCUACGGCGAAGAACUAGCGGAAGCGGUGAAGGAGGGGACCAGUGGCGAGUGGGGCCUGUUCUGCGAGCAGCUGGUCGUCACACGCAUGCCGGACGAUGUCAAGAGCUUCGAGAAAGUAGACGCAGUCCACGAGAUCAGACGCUCGGAAGAGAGGGAGCGCGAGCGCGAAAGAGAAGAGAGGCUUAGAGAGCGGGAACGAGAGAUGGACCGUGAGAGCGAGAAGGAGAGGGAAAGAGAAGAGAGGCACAGGCGUAGAAAGGAAGAGAGAGAAGACAAGGAUAGGAAGGAUAAGAAGGAGAGGAGAAGAGAGAAAGAGAGGAGUGAGGGGUUGCUUGUUGUUAAGGAUUCCAAGCAUCGCGAUCGCAGUCACAGUCGGGAGAGGAGUAGGAGUCAGAGACGGGAGUAAUUGGAUUUGGUAUGAUGAGUUUUGGUAUGG